CGACGAACUAGAGGUUCUGUAGGUCGCUUUAAGAGCUCUCCGCGGAUUUACUUUAUCUUUUCCAGCAAUCCCUUCCUGACAGUAACGCGGGUUUAGAUACAGUGAGAUCUGAAAUGCGCGGUCGGUUUGCGUCGACGCUGGUGUUGGCGUUGCUGUGGUGUUGCGGGAGCGCGCCGGGUGAACGGGGGCUGAAGGUGUCCAGGAGAGCGCCUAGGACUCGCUCCUGUCUCGACUUGCCGGAGGAGAUUUUGGAGCAAAUGUUCGGGAGGCUCUCGGUCGGGGUUCUCAGCGCGUUUCAUCACACCCUGCAACUCGCGCCUCCAGAGCGACACAAUCUAACCUGUCAGUCAGCCUCUCGUCUGGCGCGCGACAGACCGCGCACCCCGGUCAACUUCCUCAGCCUCUCGCCCUGGGCGUACAGAGUCUCCCAUGAUCCUUCGAGGUACCCUCGAUAUCUCCCGGAGGCUUAUUGUUUGUGUAAGGGAUGCCUGAGCGGACCGAACGGGGAGGAAAGCGAGCGCCUCCGCAGCACUCCAGUGUUCAUGCCGACAGUCAUACUGCGCCGGACCGGUUCGUGCGUCGGGGGCCGGCAUUCCUACACGGAGAGCUACGUGUCCAUCGCCGUGGGUUGUACUUGUGUGCCAUUGUUGGAAAAAGACAGAAAAACACAGAAGAGCAAGCCAAGCGUGAAAAGAGUACAGUCUAAAAAUUCCAGCACCUUUAGAAAGAAUGGACUAAACUGAUCCAUUUGAGCUUUUUUUUUCUGUUUUCUUACUUUCAUUUUUUCUUUUAGUUGGUGAAAGGAAAAACGUGAGACAGAACUCGUUCCGGCAGCUGCAUAUUCUAGACCCUAACGCCAAGCAAGAGGAAAACUUUCUGUGCCAA